AUGGACCCCGACCCCUGCGCCUCCCCCUUCCCCCCUGAGGAUUUUUCUCCCAGCUCCAAGAGACACAGAACUGUGGAAGAUUUCAACAAAUUUUGCACCUUUGUCUUGGCAUAUGCUGGCUACAUCCCCUACCCACAAGAGGAGACCCCCUUGAGGAGCAGCCCCAGCCCCCCCAAUAGUACUGGAGGUACCAUCGACAGUGAUAGCUGGGACCCCCGAUUCAAUGACCUCCCUUCUGCUGUCUCCCUGCCAGUCAAGAGCAGAAAGAGUCAGCUCAAGCGAGCAAAACCAUAUGUUUCACUAUUCCAGCGGGCAAAGCCGAGCAGCUUUCUGUCAGAGCGAAAGCAAACUGAUAAGAUCAGAAAGAAGAAAAAAAUGAAGAGAAGAGAAACGGAAGCGCCUAUGGAGGAAGAAUAUGGGGGGAAGCUGCUGAAGCUAGAGGCGGAGGAUUCUUAUGUUGAGACCCCCAUGAGUCCCUCAUCUGAGGGUGAUCCUCAGUCUGUGACUGACCAUUGCUCAGUAUGGGACUCUGACACUCCUUCCAAUGUCUCGUACCCUCCUGAGACUGCUGAGCAGGGCAUGGAGAUACAGAGUGUGGGCAAACGCACGGUCAUACGGCAGGGCAAGCAGGUUGUGUUUCGGGAUGAGGAUGGCACUGGUGAUGAUGAGGACAUUAUGGUGGAUUCAGAUGAUGAUUCUUGGGAUCUCGUCACCUGUUUCUGCAUGAAACCUUUUGCUGGACGGCCAAUGAUUGAAUGUAAUGAGUGUCACACCUGGAUUCACCUCUCCUGUGCCAAAAUCCGCAAAUCAAAUGUUCCAGAGGUCUAUGUCUGCCAGAAGUGCCGGGACUCCAAGUUUGAUAUUCGCCGCUCAAACCGCUCCCGGACGGGUUCACGCAGGCGCUUUCUGGACUAG